GAGCGCCGCUUCAAGCUCCAAACGGGCAUUCAGGCUUUUGCGCUUAAUGCUUCCACUGCGCCCUCCCUAAGAGACUGUAGUCCUGUUAUUGGGUUCCUCCAGGGCGCCCCAGGUGAACACAAGGAUCACACCCAUCCAGCCGGAGCAGGGGGAUGACUGAAAGAAGUUGGGUAAUCCAGAAAAUCCGGCGGUUCUGACGGUGCUGUUCCAAGAGGCACAGUCCUCCAACAACAAUAUGAUGUCCGCUAUAGAGACUGGUGCCCCUGUGUACCAACCUGCACAGCUGCUCAACUGGGUCUAUAUGUCUUUACAAGACACCCAGACCAGCGCGUUUGAUGCGUUCAAAGCCGAAUCGGACACCUCUCUCCAGGACGUGAACAACUCCAAGCGCAGCGCAGCAGAUCUGAGCUCCAACUAUCUCAACAACUUCUUCCAUCUGAGGAGCGAGGCCUUGAACAACAAUAUCUACAAGAGUUCUUCGCCCUACGAGUCCCUCAACAAUAUCGUGGACAGCCUCAGCUCUCUGGCGGACCAUUUCUCAGACCUCUCCCUGUCCCCCGAGACACGUAAACCCAGCAAAAGGCCACCGCCCAACUACCUGUGCCACCUUUGCUUCAACAAAGGACACUACAUCAAAGACUGCCCUCAGGCUCGACCCAAAGGUGAAGGCCUGACCCCGUAUCAAGGAAAGAAGAGGUGUUUCGGUGAAUAUAAAUGCCCUAAAUGCAAGAGGAAGUGGAUGAGCGGGAACUCCUGGGCCAACAUGGGACAAGAAUGUAUCAAGUGCCAUAUCAAUGUUUACCCUCAUAAGCAGCGACCUCUGGAGAAACCGGACGGGUUGGAUGUGUCGGACCAGAGCAAGGAGCACCCACAACACCUGUGUGAAAAAUGCAAAGUCCUUGGCUACUACUGCCGCCGUAUGCAAUAACACGCUCUGUUCGACUUCCUUAAUUUUAUCCAAUAUGAAGGAAGUGAUUCAUUUUAUCCAAAAUGAAGGAAGACUAAAAAUACACGGUAAUAACUUUACCAUACUGCAAUGCAUCUAACGGUUUAUUUUCAUGAAACAUUCUCUCUGAGACUGUGACUCUUAGUGUAAGAGGCUCAUUGUAGUGGAAAUUUUCUACAGUAUCUCUCACUGGAGACGAGUACUUUGCAUUUGCUGGGUGCUUGCAAGUCACUCAGCUAUCAUUAUGUGAAUAUUCAUUUAAAGUCUUAACUAUGAACCAAGAAUCUUACCAACUGUGAAUCAAGAAACUUUAGCUCUGCAUCUGUCUUCACUCAUGUCCAACAUGUUGGGAACAAAACUCAUGAGUGAAGUUUCCAGAUGAAGAUUUUCUUUUACGUGUUUGUAUAUUCCAGAAAUAACUUAAAUGAUUUUUUUCUGUAUAAAAUAUGCAACAAGUCUUUACUAAGAAGGAUAUGCAGUAUUAAUGUUUAUCUGCAUUAUUAUCUGUAUUAUUAGUACUGGAGGGUACAUAAUUUUUGAAUAUAUUUUUAAGCCAUUACUGUUUUGUUGAUUAUUACACUUUGUGAAGGAAAAUAUUAGCCAACUAACAUUUAUUCUUUAUAUGCUAUGUGCCUACAAUUAUUUGUGAAAAUACCUUGUGGAUAGUUUGUUAUUCUUAAGUUGGUAAACAUGGUUAACAUAGUAGAGACAUUUGAUUUCCUGACAACUAGGAUAAAUUACAGCACACUUAUAUUUUGGCACCCAGUGCUAAGAGACUCACCAAAGUGCUUUAAAAAAAAAAAAAAGGGUCAUAGGUUGUAAUGUCACUUAUUUAACACGAGACAAAAAAGGAAUAAAAAUCUGAAUGUACCAAAGAUCAGACAGGAUUAAGUGGAAGGUAGUAUGCCCAUGUUGUCUUAGAGGGUUUUUGUAUUUCAGUGAAAUUGUGGUGGUAAAUAAUUAUAUGCAGAAGAAAUACCCUAUGAUUUUCAGCUGUUUACAUGCCAUUUAAUGUGCCUUGGUUUGAGUAACCCAUGAGAUGGAUCUCUUAAAAUGAUUUUUAUUAAAAUGUAUUUA